AUUGUUCCAAUGAAACUGAUUCCAAUUUGAUACUUGCUUUAACUUCGAAACUGAUUCAAAAAUGUUCCAAUGAAACUGAUUCCGAUUUGAUACUUGCUUUAACUUCAAAACUGAUUCGAGACUGUUCCAAUGAAACUGAUUCUGAUUUGAUACUUGCUUUAACUUCAAAACUGAUUCAAAAAUGUUCCAAUGAAACUGAUUCCGAUUUGAUACUUGCUUUAACUUCGAAACUGAUUCAAAACUGUUCCAAUGAAACUGAUUCCGCGUGGGCUAAACAAUGGAUUAGAAACAAUACUGUACCUACUUCAAAGAGAGGAAAACAUCCUAAAAUACAAAGCCUAUGGAAUCAUGAAGACAUUGCUGCUCAAGUAGGAAGUUAUAUACGAUCUAACAAAUCUGAUAUAACACCCAAAAAUUUAUGUGAGCAUGUUAAUGGUACAAUAUUGCCAAAUAUAGGAGUGGAUAAUGAAGAUAAGCAAAUAUCUGAAUCAACUGCAGAAAGAUGGCUUAGAAGAUUAGGAUGGGUUUAG